UGUUUUUAUUUUUCCUCUCAGUGGAGAGAACAUGUCUGGGAUGAAGAGGGUGAUCGUGGAGAAGGACCCCGACUAUGAGGACAUCACCAUCACACAUCCCAGCAAGCGCCACAAGGCAGCUGAACAGUCAGCUAGAGAUGUUGCUGUGCAGAAGAUUGAGACAAUUAUAAAAGAACAGUUUGCUGUCGAAAUGAAGAGUAAAGAACACGAAAUUGAAGUUAUAGAUCAGCGCCUGGUUGAAGCAAGGAGGAUGAUGGAUAAGCUGCGUGCCUGUAUUGUGGCUAACUAUUACGCAUCUGCUGGUCUCCUUAAAGCUGGAGAGGGGACCAGGCCAUGUGAUGCAACAAUUCUUAAUCACCCUUCAAUCAAGAAAUUCUUGGAAUCACCCUCUAGAUCAUCGUCUCCAGCUAACCAGGGCUCAGACACUCCAUCUGCCAACCACUCCGAGAGUGACUCGCUCUCUCAGCACAAUGACUUUCUCCUGGACAAAGACAAUGGCAACUUGGAUGCAGAUGAGCGGCUGACAAACAGCCUGGACCAGAGACAGAGCAGAAAUACUGGCCGGGACAGUUCAGGUGUUUCAAGCUCUCAGAAACCAGGACAACGAAAUGCUGGACUGUCAAAUGAUGAAACUUCACGGCUUUAUGUGAAGAAAACCAUUGUGGUUGGCAACGUUUCCAAGUACAUUCCUCCUGACAAGAGAGAAGAAAAUGAUCAGUCGACCCAUAAAUGGAUGGUGUAUGUCCGAGGCUCUCGGAGAGAACCCAGCAUAAAUCAUUUUGUCAAGAAAGUUUGGUUCUUUCUGCAUCCCAGUUACAAGCCAAAUGACCUGGUAGAAGUGAGAGAACCUCCGUUUCACCUGACCAGGAGAGGCUGGGGAGAAUUUCCUGUGAGAGUCCAGAUACACUUCAAGGAUAGCCAGAACAAGAGGAUUGAUAUCAUACACAAUUUGAAGUUGGACAGGACGUACACAGGCCUGCAGACGCUCGGUGCAGAAACGGUAGUGGAUGUGGAGCUACAUAGGCAUUCCCUUGGUGAGGAGUAUCUCUUCUCCCAGUCUUCAGAGUCUGACCUUUCUGAUGUUCCUACAUCUUUACCGCUGCCACUGAGCAUCCCAGCACCAGUCAAAGCUUCUUCACCAAUUAAACAGUUGCAAGACUCCAGUCCAGAUGCUUCGGUGGACAAAGGAUUCCCCGGGAAUGCUGAAACUGAAAGACAUGCCACGUUUUAUUCUCUGCCAUCUGCAAUAGAACGGACUCCCACCAAGUUAGCCACACAGAAAGUUGCCUUUGGCUCUCAUGGAAAUUCAGCCUUUCAGCCCAUUGCAGCUAGCUGUAAAAUAGUGCCUCAAGGUCAGAGUCCAAGCCCUGCAGAGUCACCAGGAAAAUCCUUCCAGCCUAUCACCAUGAGUUGCAAGAUUGUAUCAGGUUCUCCAAUAUCGACCCCUAGUCCAUCUCCGCUACCUCGUACCCCAACCUCCACUCCGGUGCCCAUGAAGCAAGGCUCUGCUAGCUCAGUCAUUAAUAACCCGUAUGUUAUUGUGGACAAGCCUGGACAGAUGGUUGGAGCUGCAACCACAAGCACAGGAAGUCCAACCAGCAAACUGACCAGUGCUUGUCAGGUCUCUCUUGGAACUGGAUCUCCUGUAUCAAAGACCCAUGGGAGCAGUUUUGUCACCUCAGCUGUCAAGCAGGAGGAUUCUCUGUUUGCCACUAUGCCACCCCUUUGUCCUAUUGGGAGUCAUUCCAAGGUGCAAAGCCCCAAAUCGGUCACGGGAGGACUUGGAGCUUUUACAAAGGUGAUAAUAAAGCAGGAGCCAGGAGAGCUGCCCCAGCAACCCCAACUGCCAGUGACAGGGACAACCACACAGUCCUCUGUGCAGCAGUAUGUCACUGUCAAAGGGAGCCACAUGUUAGCCUUGUCACCGCAGAAGUCAGUUGUGAGCACGGGCGAGGGGACAGUGCAGUCUAAGGUUGUUGGCGUGCCAGUUGGCUCUGCUUUACAGUCGACAGUGAAACAAGCGGUGGCUAUAAGUGGUGGCCAGAUACUUGUGGCAAAAUCAAGCUCUUCAGUAGCAAAGACUGUUGGUCCGAAGCAGGUUGUUACUCAAGGUGUAGCCAAAGCCAUUGUAAGCGGAGGUGGAGGGACAAUUGUUGCUCAGCCUGUGCAGACUAUCACAAAAGCGCAAGUUUCUUCCACAGGUGCUCAGAAAAGUGCCUCUCAAGGUUCAGUGAUGGCUACACUGCAGUUACCAGCCACCAACCUGGCGAACUUGGCAAACUUACCACCAGGCACCAAACUGUACCUCACCACCAACAGCAAGAAUCCUUCUGGAAAAGGAAAACUGCUUCUGAUACCCCAAGGAGCCAUCUUGCGAGCCACGAAUAAUGCUAGUCUCCAAUCUGGUUCUUCCACAAAUAGUGGAGGAGGAGGAGGAACAACAACCCAAAGCACAAGCAGUAACUUGUCACAGCACCUCACCUAUACAUCCUACAUCCUGAAGCAGACACCCCAGGGCACCUUUCUGGUUGGCCAACCUUCUCCUCAGAGUUCUGGGAAGCAGCUGACUCCAGCUUCAGUUGUUCAGGGCAGUGUAGGAGUUGGAACAUCUUCCACACAAGGACAAGCCCUGAAAGUUAUAACUGGACAGAAAACAGCUCUAUUUACACAGGCUGCAGCCAGUGGACAGACGUCACUGGUGAAAAUAUCGGAUGGGUCUAUAAAAACAGUGCCUGCUUCAUCUCAGCUCUCCAAACCUGGCACCACUGUGUUGAGGGUAUCAGGAGGUGUCAUCACCACAGCUGCUGCUCCUGCCAUGGCCCUUCCCACAAAUGGGGUGGCCCAGCAAAUAGAUAAUGUAGGUUCCAGUUCAUUAUCUUCUGGAACUCCUGCAGCAAAGACAUCUGGACAGCAGCACCAAAUCUGUGUAAGCCAGAGCCAGUCUACUUCAUCAGUAGUGAAUAAGACUGCUACUUCCACUGUUGUAAGUGUUGCUUCUCUGAUGACUACACCAACGCCUGUAACUGGAAAAGCUGCAGUAUCAGGGUUGCUAAAAAUCCACUCAAAUCAGUCUAGUCCACAGCAGGCUGUUCUGACAGUUCCCAGCCAGCUUAAACAGCUCGGUGUAAACACAGCUUCUGGAGGUGUUCAGACAAUACUCAUGCCUAUGAACAAAGUGAUACAGUCACUUACCACCAGCAAAGUUUCAGCUGUCACAGCAGCAAGUACACUUGUCUCUACUCCCACUACAGCAUCAAUUACUAAAGUUAAGAUGGAGCCUGAUUCAACAGGACAAAACUGCAGUUCUGUGGGUACCCAAGAAGGCCAAGCAGCAGUAAAAACAGAAGAGAGCUCUGAACUUGGGAAUUACGUUAUCAACAUAGAAUAUUUGGAGAACGUCCAGCAGCUUUUAACAGCAGUAGUGAAGAAGGUUCCAUUAAUUGCUGAAAAAAGUGAAGAUGCAAGCUCUUUUUGUGCCGGUUCAGUGGAACAGUAUUACAGCUGGAAUAUUGGAAAGAGGAGGGCAGCUGAGUGGCAACGAGCAAUGACAGUGAAGAAGAUCCUACAAGAAAUCAUAGAGAAGCACCCCAGGUUUCACAGCAUUACACCCCUGAAAACAAAGCACGUGGUGCACUGGUGUCGAUGCCAUGGCUACACUCCACCUGACCCUGAGACCUUGCAGAAUGACGAGGACUCGAUUGAAGACGUGCUGACGCAGAUAGACAGUGAGCCAGAAUGCCCUUCAUCUUACAGCAGUGGUGAGGAGCUGUGCCGAAAACUAGAGGAACUACAGCAGUUUCUGAAACGAGAACCAGAACAUGAAGAGGAAGUAGAUGUUCUCAACUUCAGCGAGCCUUUAAAAAUAAACAUUAAGAAAGAACAAGAGGAGAAACAAGAGGAGAUGAAGUUCUACUUGGGAUCCUUGCCUGCAUCAGAGUUUGUGAGGGAUGCUGCAGAGAAGAUAGGGAUUUCUUUUCAGCCUGCUGAGGUACAAAAGAAUGUUUAUGCAUCAGUAAUAGAAGAUAUGAUUUUAAAGGCCACUGAACAGCUUAUGAGUGAUAUCCUACGGCAAGCACUUGCUGUGGCAUACCAGACAGCACCUCACAACAGGACUCCAAGAGAGAUCACAGUGAUGAAUAUUCACAAAGCCAUCUGUAAUAUUCCCUUUCUUGACUUCCUCACAAACAAACACAUGAAGAUACUAAAUGAGGAACAAUGAAAUAGAGCAAAGAAGGUGCUACAGGAAAGGUGGAUUUAUGACUGAAGUUGGUUUGACAAAUCCAGUAUUUCUGUAGGACACAUACACGUUUAUAACAUUGGGCUACUAGAUUGUUACCUCCAAUUAAAGAUGCACCUUAAUGCAACAAAAUGAUGCUCUGUUCCAAAUCAAGUUGUUAAAUGUCAGUGUUUACUUGGUAAGUGUAUGUUCAGUGGCUGAACAAACAUUGUCAGUUUGCAUCGAGUUGCUAGCUGUGAGAGACUCCACCGGCCUGGUCCCUCUGAGACAGCUGUUUUGAUGAGAUUGAACAUUUUUUCUUAGGAAAGAAAUUACACUUUUUGAUGCAGUCUGCAUAGGAGUUGUUCUUCCCAUGCAGUGGGCAGAACAGUUGCUUUGGCACUCUGAAUAUGAGAGAAGUCAAAGACAACUUUUAAAGGUAGUUACUUGAGUAGAUGGGUGAGUUGGUCAGGUAGGUUUAGGUGUGGGUGAGCAGGAGGCUGAUGGCUGCAACAAAUUCUGGCAGUCCUGCUCCAGCAUACAAUGUAUGUGACUAAGCACACAUCAGUAAGCUGGGUAGGCUUAUUAUCAGCUUUUUCAGCAAAGUGAAUAACCAAAUUCCUUGCCUCUAAAGAGGUGCCAGGUGCCACCUUUCUUAGUCAUCUCAGAAGGGUAGACUGGCACAUGCUCAGUCACCAUGAGCAAACCAUGGUCAGGCUUGGUAAAACUUGACUGACCACUUGUCCUGCAUAGGAAAGGAGGGGAGUGGGGACAGUAUUUGUAGGUUUUGACUGGCUGAAACCCUUUCCUUACCCAGUGAGUGCCUCCCCAUGCUGCUUGAAGGUUUGGAAUGUUCUGGGGGACAGGUAACAAGCUGUGUUGUAAGGUCAUAAUGUCUGGACAGCAUUGAUUGAUGAUCAGCUUGGAUUGUGAAGUGCUAGGGGAGCAGCAGCGCUUUGGCUGAAGUUCUGCUCAACACAGAGAGGCCUGAUAGGAUCAAAACAUCAAAGGUUUGCUGCUUGUAGAGAUCUCCUCUGUCUUGACUGCAGGAAGUUCUGCUACUAACCUCGGCACUUAACUGUCUAGGAACAUCUCUGAUGUAGGAGACAUGUCUGCAGCCUGGCUGUGAACACUUCACUGAAGAAGUCUUCGCUGACAACAUCCUGACCACCCCACAUCCACCACCCCUUUGUCCUUCCCCAUGGGUGCUUGCUAGUAGUAUGAAUAAGCCAUUGUGAAGUUGGUGGGAUAACUGUUUGAUUGUCAUGCUUUCAGGGUGCUUGUUUUGUGAGGCAGUGCUUUCACGUGGUGGAGCAUGGGUCAAGCAGCCAGGACUCCAAUGCGCUGAUCUCAGCUGGGUCUGUGAUCUGCUGCAUGGCCUUUGAUAUAAUCACUCUGUGCCUCAGUUUCCCCAUCUCUGAGCAUGGGGAGCAGGAUACCUACCUCAAAGGGGUGUACUGAGGCCUCGCUCUUGUUGGUGCCGUGCUUUGACAAUACAAAGCCUUUUAUAAACAUUAAA